AUGUUGAUGAAGGUCCCCGACCUGAGCUGUAUCCUCCCUCGGCUGGCAAUGGAUGCUUUUGGUGGAGCUCCCCGAUUCCUUGCCUCUCCUCGUACUUUCUCAGUCCAAAGUGGCACAAAUGCCAUUCUGAAAUGGCAGGUGGCCGGGGAGCCACGUCCCACCAUUGUCUGGGAGAAAGACGGCUCUGUGCUGGAACUGCCCUCUGGCCGGAUGCUUGUUGAGGUGAACGGGGAUGCAUACAGCCUGAUGGUCUCUCAGGCUGGCCCAGCAGACAGUGGCCGCUAUGUGUGCAAAGCAAAGAACAGUGUGGGUGAAACCUACGCAGCUGCUCUGCUGAAAGUGGAGACAGAGUCUGAACUGAAACCUAAUGGAGAUCUUGAUUGUCAGCCGCCCAUCUUCCUGAAUAGGCCUGUCUCAGCAUGUGUGACCCGGGGAGAAGAUGUGACUUUUGCCUGUAGGGUCUCGGGGCAGCUUGAAUGGGAAAAAGAUGGACGCAAAUUAUCAGACAUCUUUGAGAGUAGCCAUUACAAAAUGGAUGUAGAGCCUGGGGACUGUCAUUUUCUGCACAUCUAUAAUGCCCGAUUGCCAGAUGCUGGGGUCUAUGUCUGCCGAGCACAGAACAGCUUUGGGGAGACCAUGGCUGCAGCUGUGCUCCUGAUAGACCCUGUGGCAUGUCUUCCUCAUAACGACCCAUCUCAGAGGGCUCCCCAAAGCUGCCAUUUCAAGAAGCCACCCGAGUCAAAAGAGGGUAAGAGGCAUCUACAUCACCCUGCACAGAUUGUGUUGUCUGAAGGCAGGCAGAAUGGAGAAGUGCUUCCCAGCUUCCCCCCUACAAAGUCUUUUACUGUGAAUGAAGGGAAGCAUGCCAAGUUCCGCUGCUACGUCAUUGGCAAGCCCAAGCCAGAGAUUGUCUGGCAGAAGGAUGGGAAGAUGUUGUCCGCUGGAAGGAGACAUCUGCUCUAUGAAGACAGAGAGGGCUACUUCAUCCUUAAGGUGCUGUACUGCACAGCACGAGAUUGUGGACUCUAUGUGUGCACAGCCUGCAACACUGCUGGCCAGACACUCAGCGCUGUGAGACUCCAUGUCAGAGAACCCCAGCUACGAUUCCAGGCACCUUUGAUGGAUGUCGAAGUGAUGGAACAUCAAGAUGCCAUCUUAGAGUGCCAAGUGCCUCUAGAGACAAUGCCUACAGCAUGGUACCUUGAAGACAAGCGCCUGCAACCCAGUCCCAAGUACCUGAUGGAGGAGCAGGGCCUACUAAGGCGGCUGACAGUGCGGGAUGCCCGGGCCGAUGAUGACGGCAUCUACUUGUGUGAGAUGGAAGGCAAGGGCCGCAGCAUUGGGGAGCUCUCUGUGCAAGGUCUCAUUGUGAAGCGCUUGCCACGAAAAUUGGAUGUGAUGGAAGGAGAAAAUGCAGCCUUCUAUGUGGAGACCCGGGAAUCUGUGGAAGCACCAAGUUGGGGCCGAAAUGGGCAAGAACUGGUUGAGGCACCGCAUACGCUCAUCAGGAGCUUUGGGAAAACACAUAUUUUGGUACUGGUACAUGUGUCACGGCAUGAUGCUGGAGUCAUCACUUUCAUGGCGGGCGACUCACAAACCUCAGCACAGCUUCGUGUCAAAUGUGCCAAAAGGAUUCCACCAAAUGCACCCGUGGAAGUAAAGAUGUGCACCACACGUAGCAAUGCCGCCCUCCUGAUGUGGUGCCCACCACCAGAUCUGCAUCAUAGCCCACCAAGCAGCUACAUCCUUGAGAGGCAGACUGUAGGAGAGGCUGAGUGGGUGCCUUGUCUAACCACUGAUGUCGCUAGCAUGGUUGAAGUUCCGGGGGAUGGCGUGCCCCAGGAGGCUGACUACCGCUUCCGUGUAUGCUCUGCCAAUCAGUAUGGGUGCAUGCCCAGAGCCCAUGUAAAAGAGGGACUGCAAGAUGUGAUGGUUUGUAUCAACGAGGAUGCCAUUUUUUCAGUGAAGCUUUCAGCUCCCAUGUCUGGUUGCUGGUUCCUCAGAGGGAAGAAGCUGGCAAAGGAAGAGGAAGACCAGCAAUACCACAUCAUACACAGUGAAGUGAACCACACAUUGCAGGUCAAAAAUGUGCAGUUAUCUGCUAAUGGCUCCGAAGUGCGAUUUGAAGCCAAUGGUGUGAAAGAAUCGGCAGUGUUACAUGUGCAAGAACCUCCUGUGAAGGUUGUUCAUUCCAAUUCCAAAGAAGCUCACAACUACAAAGUUGCGGAUCGUGUGGUGCUAUCCUGUGAGUUAUCCCACCCUGAUGUCAAUGUGCGUUGGUAUAAGGAUGGAGAAACUGUGAAAGAAAGCAAGGACCUCCUGAUGGAAAACAUAGGACCUCACCACCAUUUGAUAAUCCCCUCAGCCCAGGUGCCAGAUACAGGGGAAUUUGUAUGUGACAUUGGUAGAGAGUCUGUCUUUUUCAACAUCAUUGUUGCAGAACCUCCUGUGAAGGUUGUUCAUUCCAAUUCCAAAGAAGCUCACAACUACAAAGUUGCGGAUCGUGUGGUGCUAUCCUGUGAGUUAUCCCACCCUGAUGUCAAUGUGCGUUGGUAUAAGGAUGGAGAAACUGUGAAAGAAAGCAAGGACCUCCUGAUGGAAAACAUAGGACCUCACCACCAUUUGAUAAUCCCCUCAGCCCAGGUGGCGGAUACAGGGGAAUUUGUAUGUGACAUUGGUAGAGAGACUGACCGGUUUGAAUGCCUUGCNGAGGAAAACCAGGGCCUCUUGCUGGAGAACGAGGGCCCACACUGCCGGCUGAUGCUUGUCUCUGCCCAAGUUCAAGAUACAGGAGAGUUUGUCUGUGAUGCAGGUGAUGACUCUGCCUUCUUCAACAUCACUGUCAGAGAGCCACCUGUCCAGGUGGUGUGCUCCAAUGCAGACGAGGCUCACACCUACUGGGCUUUAGAAAGAGUAAGUUUGACCUGUGAGCUGUCUCGCCCUACCGCUCUCGUGCACUGGUACAAGGAUGGGAAACAAGUAGAAGAAACGGAGGGUCUGCAGCUGGAAACUGAAGGGCCUCAUUGCCGCCUGAUCAUUGCCUCAGCCCAGGUGCAACACACAGGAGAAUUUGUAUGCGAUGUGGGAGAUGAUUCUGUCCUUUUCACUGUAACUGUUUCAGACCAUCCCGUGAGGAUCAUACACUCCAAUGACGAAGAGAGCCACGCCUAUCAGGUUGCAGAACGUGUAGAAUUGUCCUGUGAGCUUUCUCGUCCUGAUGGCCCUGUACAUUGGUACAAGGAUGGAGAAGAGGUGGAAGAAAAUGAGGGGCUCCUGCUGGAGAGUGAGGGCCCCAACCGUCGGCUGGUCAUUCCUUCAGUUCAAGUACAAGAUUCUGGGGAGUUUGUGUGUGAUGCAGGUGGCGAUUCGGCAUUCUUCAACAUUACCGUCACAGAACCACUUGUGCAAAUUGUGCAGUCCAAUGCAGAGGCUGUUCAUGCUUAUCAGACCUCGGACCGUGUGGUGCUGACCUGCGAGCUGUCUUGCCCCAAUGCCUCCGUCCAAUGGUACAAAGAUGGGGAGGAAUUAGAAGAAGGUGAAGGCUUGCUGUUUGAGAGUGACGGACCCCACCGACGACUCGUCCUUCCCUUAGCGCAAGUGCAAGAUACUGGCGAGUUUGUGUGUGAUGCAGGUGGUGACUCUGCUUUCUUCAAUGUUACAGUUGUAGAUGUUGCAGUUUGCUGGUAUAAAGAUGGGAAGGAGGUGGUGGAAAACAAUGGUUUCUUGCUGGAAAAUGAAGGAUUCCAUCAUUGUCUGGUCAUCCCUGCUGCCCAGAAACACGAUACAGGACAGUAUAUGUGUGAUGCUGCUGGAAAUUCCAUAUUUUUCAAUGUUACCAUCACCGAGCCUCUGGUGCAGAUUUUGCAGCCAGCUGAACGUUCACUGGAGAAGCAGGUGCAGGAAUUUGACUGCCUAGAGUUGAACUGCAUAGUGUCCAUUCCUGAUGCCCCGGUGCGUUGGUUCAAAGAUGGCCUGGAGGUGGAUGAGACACACAACCUGUUGCUUCAGGCAGAAGGUGCAGAACGUCGCCUGGUGAUCUUGAGGACAAGUGUGGAAGAUGCUGGGGAAUACAUCUGUGAGACCAAGGAUGAAUCUGUUUCCUUUGAUGUCACGGUUUCAGAGCCCCCUGUGAAGAUCUUGCAGCCGCGCAGGACUCCCUCUGUCCUGAGGGCCUCAACGGGGGAGACGGUGACUCUGGCCUGUGUGCUCUCCCAUGGGAAUGCGCCUGUCCACUGGGUUAAGGACGGUGUCACAAUAGAGGCCAACAGCGGCCUCAUCCUGGAGGAAGAGGGUGCCCGGCGGUGUUUGGCCAUCCCUGCAGCUGGCCCAGAGCAUUCUGGGAAAUACAUCUGCCACACUGUUGAUGAUACCAUGACCUUCACCGUCCAGGUGUCUGAUCCUCCAGUUCAAAUAGUGGGACGAGAUGAGCUGCAAACUCACCACCAUUGCUUGGUUUCUGAAGACCUGGUGCUCUCCCUAACACUGUCUUGCUCCAAAGGAGAGCUGAAGUGGUACAAGGAUGGGGAAAAACUGCAGGACACAGAACGUUUGUGGUUGGAACAAGAUGGAGCACGACAUUCAUUGGUGAUUUCAGCCGUGGAAAUCUCUGAUGCUGGGGAGUAUCUGUGUGACAGUGGUGAUGAUAGCCUCAUCUUCCAUGUCAUGGUGGAAGUCCCUAGGUUGGUGGAUAUAAUUUCUGAGCUGCACAAUUUAACCGUGUUAGAAGGGGAUGAUGCCACCUUCAAAGUGGUGAUAUGUCCAGAUGAUGUCAGGUUGAAUUGGCAGCUGAAUGGACAAGAUGUAGUGAAUAGUGAGCGGUUGACCCUAGCCAAGAACGGGUUAUGCCAUUCCCUCAUCAUACGACAAUGCCGCUUGAGUGACACCGGCAUAGUCACCGUCCGUGCGGAAGGUCUGUCGAGUUCAGGCAGACUCAGUGUGCAAGAGGCUCAGGUGCUGUUUGUGCAGACAUUGUGUGAUUUGGCGGCUGAGGAGGGGCAGGAUGUUCGCUUGGAAGUGGAACUGAGCGUGGAGAGUGCGGAGGUGCAGUGGAUGAAGCAAGGCGUCUUACUCCAGCAGAAUCCAAGAUACUCCAUGGAGGUACAAGGGCCAAAAAGGGCCCUUACCAUCCAUCACAUUGAGCUUGCUGACCGAGGCACCUAUCGCUGUGAGAGCCUGCAUGAUCGCACCCAAGCCAGACUGAGUGUGGAACCCCGGAAAGUGAUAGUGAAGAAACCGCUGUUGGAUGUGGAGACAUUGGAAAAGGAGACAGUGACCUUUGAGCUUGAGCUAUCUCACCCCAAUGUAUUGGGGGUCUGGACGCGUGAUGGCAUCCGUGUGAAGCCUAGUUCCACCUGCCAAAUGAGUGCCACUGGUUGCAUGCACAGCCUGACGCUGCAAAGGCUCACACUAGAUGACACAGGAACUGUGGCCUUCACUGCUGAUACUGUGAGGAGCUGUGCCCGCCUUACGGUCCGAGAGCCACCAGUUACAAUGCUGCGCUUGCCCCAGGACUUGGGAAUUCCCGAGACAGGCUCAGCAACAUUUGAGUGUGAACUGUCACGACCCAUGGCUGAGGUGAAGUGGUACAAGGAUGGCAAGGAGAUCCAGGUGAGCCCCAAUUGCCGCAUAUAUUCAGUGGGACGUCGGCGCCUCCUGCAGCUCAACCAUUGCAGCCUUGAAGAUGCUGGCGAAUAUAUAUGUGAUGCUGGUGACUGCCGAGCUUCCGCCAAACUGAGGGUCUUUGAACGUCAAGUCCAGAUUGUGCGAGAGCUGGAGGAUGUCCGUGUGCAGGAGAACGAGAAUGCUGUCUUCAUAUGUGAGGUCUCCCUAGCGGAGGUGAAAGGUGAAUGGUAUCACAAUGGAGAGAGGCUCAAAGUCACCAGCACUGUGAAAAUACGGCAGGAAGGAACCCGCCACUUCCUGCUUUUGACUUCUGCCCGCCCUGAGGACACAGGCCAGGUCCGUUUUGUGGCGAAGAGAGCUACUUCCGAAGCCAGGCUGGAAGUGGAAGCAUUGCCAAUUCGUAUUGUGAAGCCACUUCGGGAUAAAACUGUACUGGUGCGUCACAAAGCCACACUGGAAUGUACAGUGUCUCAGGCUCGGGGACGUGUGCGCUGGUUUCGGGGUGACACAGAGAUCUUUGCUGGGCCUAAGUAUGAGAUCUGCAAUUUGGAUUGUUACCGAACUCUGGUUAUUCACUGUGUGGAGCCUGCAGAUGAAGGCCUGUAUACCUGUGAUGCCCUGGAUGAUCAUUCCACAGCCCGCCUGCUAGUGGAAGCUGAAGGAAUCCAGGUGGUCCAACCUCUGAAGAAUGUGGAAGUGAUGGCUCCCUCCGAGGCUCAGUUUGAGUGUGAAAUAUCUGCCCCUCCAGACUUCAUUCCCCAGUGGAGCCUCAAUGGGGAGGAGCUGCAGCCUGGCUUGCAGCUGCAAAUGGAGAACACGGGACACCUCCAUAAAUUGAGGUUCUGCAGGACUAAUCCUAACAUGAGUGGGAUGGUGAAGAUUACCAUUGGUAAUGCCCGGUCCAAAGCCCAUCUCACAGUGCGAGGAUUCCUCAACACUGGCCAUGCUAGCUAG